AUGCAAAUGCCUUUGUUUUUUUUUCAGAAAUACAAACGUCCGUUUGACACAGCCAGUCUUCUGGUAUUCCUGUUUCAUCUGGUCGCGCAUGCGUGCGGCACACACUUCGCAUCCUACGUGACCGUGAACACGCCAGUCCACAGCUUCAGGCACGGCGUCGGGGACCCGCUACCAAUGCGGGGGUACCAGGGCUAUAGGAGCUCGAGUCGACCACCAGUGCGGCAAACUCAACGUCAAACGCAACAACGCGGCGGCGGCGGCGGCUACCCGCGCCUGAAGCCGCGCAUGCCCUUCGAUAGCGAAGAAACACGCGGCGAUGGAUUCAACAGUCUGUCGUGGCCUUAUGAUGACCAACAAGAAACCUCUAUCCCCGUGCUUCCGCCGUCGCCAUACAAAGUGGACUCGCCAGACCCGGAGUCGCUCUGGCCUGAGGGUCUCUUUCUGCCGCCAGUCAGCGCCUCCCGUUCCGGCUUUGGCCGCAGGACUGACGCCGAGCCGGAAACGGUCGACCCGUACCUGGUGCUCGGUUCGGAAGCGAUAGCGGCGGUGGGUCGGGCGCGGCAGCACGGCGUGUACUUCCACGACGUCCCGCACGUGGAGUCCCUGCUCGCGCUCCAGCGGCUGCGCGCGCGCCUCCGCCUGCGCCCGCACCGCCUCGCCAGCAUACGGCACACGUGGCCGUUCAACCGACCUUAG